AAAGCGCCCGCGAUGAUUAAACGGGGGAUAAACGGCGGUGUUGGUGUCCAGCGCCCUGAUUAACGCAGUCUGCGCCAUUUUAGUGCGCCAGAGUCGUCCGGCAAGAUGGCGCUCUUGCUUUGUGUCCUCAGCUCUCAGGGUAUGAGCUGCUACAGCGGCGUGUGAUUCAGUACACACGUUAAAAACAAACCAGCCGUCUAACGCUAACGGAGGGAACGUUUACAUUUAUUAUUGCAAGCUGACUGCACUGGUGACAAAACUUCAUGAGUUCUUGGAUCAUUCUUCAGAGGAAGAAACUGCUGAAUCCCAAGUUAAUGAUACCUCCAGUGGUAAUAUGGCCUCCAGUGACUCAAACAUCAACGAUGAAAUAAUGGAAAAGGUUCAGCCCGGUUGUUCCACUGAAGUUCCUAAGGCCACAGCACGCUCAAAAAGGAAGCCUGCGGUUGUAACGAAGCUCACAGCUGUAAAUGAGCCCGAAUCUGCAGACGAAUGUGAGCAAGAUUCCGUCGCCGAGAAUCCCAAUGAUGCCACGAUUGAUAUGGAAGAAAUACCAGAAGAUGUAGUUAUAGUGAAGCCAGAACCCGUCAACAAUGAAGGAAAAGAUGAAUUCAAAGGCCCCGAGUUCCGGACCAAAGGAGGGAGCAAAGUCAAAGAAGAGAGUCAGAGGAGGCGUCCUGAUGAGCACUUUGAAGAGAUCAGGUGUUCGAGAGUUAAUUGCACUGCUUGCGGGCAACAAGUCAAUCAUUUCCAGAGGGACUCUGUGUAUCAGCAUCCUAUACUCAAAGUUCUUCUUUGCAAAUCCUGUUUCAAGUAUUACAUGAGUGACGACAUCAGCAAGGAUGACGACGGAAUGGACGAACAGUGCAGGUGGUGCGCCGAAGGAGGUAAUCUCCUUUGUUGUGACUACUGCAGCAAUGCAUUUUGCAAAACAUGUAUUCUCCGUAACCUUGGAAGGAAGGAGCUCUCUGGAAUCAUGAACGAUAACGAUAAGUGGCGUUGCUACGUGUGCCAGCCCGAGCCCCUCCAAGACCUCGCUGCAGCUUGUGAGAAAGUUCUGAGAAAUCUGGAAUGUAUGAAAAAGCCAAAGGGAGAGCAGGACAAACCAAAACGGGAUGGCAUGAAGCACAAACAGGGAAAGGUUAAAAAUACAGCGUUAAAUGGAAAGGAUGCGUUUUCCGACGGAUCAGGGACGCUAACCUUUUCCUACAAAAAGCUAAAGGUUCCAAAGGAACUGAUCAAAAAGACAAAGAAGCUGAUUGAGACGACAAACGGUUUGAACAGCACUUUUGUGCAGUUUAUCCAGCAGGAGCCGGUUUACCUGGGUGAUAACAUCGUCCGGCACAGGCAUUUGAAAGCCUUCAGAUCUGUCUUGGCUGACUUGAAAAAGGCCCAUGUGACUUUGGAGGAGGCGCUAGAUGAAGAGUUCAGAGACCUCGAGGUCCAGAACGGAGAGGGAAACGGGGUGGCAAAUAAUGCGCCUGUAGCUAACUCGGCCUCAAACUCUGAACCUGCUGACCAGAGUAAAGAUCUGGAUGAUGAGGUGGUUCAAGAUGACACCACAGAUCAGGUUCCAGCGUCUUUAGAGGACGAUGCUGACGAGGAGAACGUAGUUACGGCCGAUAUAGAAAUGACUGAAGAAGUUGUUGAACCCAUAGCAGAAAAUCCAGAUGAUGGGUUUAUUGAAAGCGAAGCUAAUGCAGAGAUUGUUCCAAAUGAACCUGACUGUAAAGAUGAUGCUUCAGCAGCUGGUGAAGCCUCUCUCGACAAAGACAUCGUGUCUAUACCACCAUCUGUUCCUGAGGAGCUCUUCGAGAUGGUCGAGAGUCUUUCAGAUUGUGUAAAACAAGAGAGUGAAAAGGAUUCGGUCGAUACAGACAGCACGUCAAGUAAGACCUCGCUGUCUGAAAGUAAGUGUACAGAAUCCGGUAAGAGGUCUUCAAAGGUGAAUAAAAAACUCGUUGUAAAGCUCACCCCGAUUCCUCUGAAGAUUACCAUUAAGAAAGACGAAAGCAAGUCAAAAGAGAAGGAUGGUGCUCUGUCACCAGACGAAAGCAGACGUUCCCCCAGGAUGAAGACCACUCCUCUUCGCAAAUCAUCUGAAAGGAGGAGUAAGAGUCGGUCCGAGGGUAAGAGAGCAAACGACGAAGACUGCAACACUUCACAGAUGCCAGUCAGCGCCGAUCUGUCGGAUUCGGACUCUGACGAAGUCCCGGAGGUGCUGCGGCAGGUAGAAGGCAUGGAGGCAAGUUCAGAAGAACCGGACACGGAGCCUAACGGCAAGGCCGCAGGCAACGAUGCAGCUAAAAAGUCGCCCGAAGAACCGUCCGAAAAGACUGUGAAGCGCAAGCUCAUUGCAUCUUCCUCAGAUUCAGAUGAUGUGAAGGCAUCGACAGCAAAGAAACACGCUUCCAAAAAAAAGAAAUGUAGAGAAUCCGAUUCAUCUAAUCAUGACUCAGAACUCGAGAAGGAGAUCAAGAGUUUAAGUAAGCUCAGCACCACAAAGAAAUCAUCUAAACGAGGCAAGAAGCAGGCGAAUGAGGGCAAGAAGGAAGAGAAGGAGGGUGAGGAGGAGAGUGAGGCCGAGGAGGAGGAGGAGGAGGGUGAGGGCAAGAAGAAGAAGAAGAACAACAAGAAGAAAAAGGUGGAGGAGACCAAAAAGGAGGGGAAAAAAGGUCCAAAGAGAUCUUUCGAGAGGAAACGGAGGUCACAGAGAGGCAAAGAGAAUGCUGCAAGAGAUUCAUCCUCCAGUGAUGAAGAGGAAGAGCAGGCAGCAGACUCUGGAGAGGAUAGCAGUGAUCAGCAGAAGAUAAAACCUAUCCUUGAGUCUGCCAUGCCCCACACGGAUGCUUUCCUUCAGUCAUCAGGAGAUGAAGCUCAAGCGAAGCAGGAACCCGUCCAGAUUGUCGAUGAUGACGACGACCCUGAGAAUAGAAUUGCAAAGAAGAUGCUAUUAGCUCAGAUCAAAGCCAAUUACUCGUCAGGGGAUGACAGCUCUUCAGAAGACGAAGACUGCAAAAAGGACAAAGAGGAAAGCUCUUCAACAAAAGCGAAGAAUGAUGGUAGCUCCGAGGGUGAAGAAGAGGAAGAGGACUCGGACUCUGGGUCGGAAGUGGACGUGAAAAAGGCAGGGCGAAGACACAAGCUGCUUCGCAAGAAGCUGACCCUAAGCGAGGGCGAGUCUGAUAAUGACAAACCUGCCAAGAGCAAUAAGGAGGCCAAGAGAAGAGGAAGACGAAAAGUGAGCAGUGAUGACUCCGAUUCAGACUUUAAACGCUCAGGCUCUGGUUCGCAGAGUGAGUCAGCGAUGAGUGCCUCAGUAAGUGAGGAUGACGACGACGACGACGACAGCAAAAGUAACAAGCGGCGAACGCGGUCCUCGAAAAAAGCUGAAAAAGAUAGUGAGAGGAGUUACCAGAAGGAGAAAAAGAAAAAGCGACGGCGGAUAAAGGUUCAGGACGAUUCUUCCAGCAACAAGAGUGCAGAGGAAGAGGACGAGGAAGAUGAUGACGGGGAUGACAAAGGUACACCAAAGGGCCGCAAGAAGAUUCGCAAGAUCCUAAAAGACGACAAGCUGCGCUCCGAGACCCAGAAUGCUCUAAAAGAGGAAGAAGAGCGGCGUAAACGAAUUGCUGAAAAAGAGCGCCUGAGAGAAAAACUACGAGAGACAAUAGUGGUGGAGGAAUCCUCGCAGGUCACCUGUCCCAUUACUACUAAACUGGUGCUGGAUGAGAACGAAGAGACCAAGGAGCCACUCGUCCAAGUCCACAGAAACAUGGUGACAAAGCUGAAGCCCCAUCAGGUGGACGGUGUGCAGUUCAUUUGGGAUUGCUGUUGUGAGUCUGUUAAAAAGACUAAGACUUCAUCUGGCUCAGGCUGUAUCCUCGCCCACUGCAUGGGUCUGGGCAAAACCCUUCAGGUGGUGACGUUUCUCCACACUGUGCUUCUGUGUGAGAAACUCAACUUCUCAACAGCUUUGGUGGUGUGUCCCCUUAACACCGUACUCAACUGGCUAAACGAGUUUGAGAAGUGGCAGGAGGGCUUGAAAGACGAGGAAAGCUUAGAGGUGACCGAGUUGGCCACGGUGAAGAGGCCUCAAGAGCGAUCGUACGCCCUGCAGCGCUGGCAUGAAGACGGUGGCGUCAUGAUCAUCGGUUAUGAAAUGUACCGCAACUUAACGCAAGGCCGCAACAUCAAGAGCAAAAAGCUUAAAGAGACAUUCCAAAAGACCCUCGUUAACCCAGGUCCAGACUUUGUUAUUUGCGACGAGGGCCACGUUUUGAAGAACGAAGCCUCGGCCGUGUCAAAAGCCAUGAACUCCAUUAAAACUCGGCGAAGAGUUGUUCUGACCGGAACUCCGCUUCAGAACAACCUGAUUGAGUACCAUUGCAUGGUCAACUUUAUCAAAGAAAACUUGCUGGGCUCAGUGAAAGAGUUCAGGAACCGUUUUAUCAACCCCAUUCAAAACGGCCAGUGCGCCGACUCCACGCUGGUCGACGUGCGGAUCAUGAAGAAGCGAGCGCACAUUCUUUAUGAGAUGCUGGCAGGCUGUGUUCAAAGAAGAGACUACACUGCACUUACUAAGUUCCUGCCACCUAAACAUGAGUAUGUGCUGGCGGUGCGGAUGACUCCUGUGCAGUGCAAGUUGUACAGAUACUAUCUGGAGCACUUUACAGGUGUCGGCUCUGCCUUGGAGGGGGGAAGAGGCCGUGCAGGCACAAAGCUUUUCCAGGAUUUCCAGAUGCUCAGCAGAAUCUGGACGCAUCCUUGGUGUCUCCAGCUGGACUAUAUCAGUAAGGAAAACAAGGGUUACUUUGAUGAGGACAGCAUGGAUGAAUUCAUUGCAUCCGAAACGGAGGAGUCAUCGAUGAGCCUGACAUCUGAAGACGAGAAACCAAAAAGGAAGAAGAAACGGGGGAAAGGCAAAGGCGAGAGCUCAGACAAGUCUGACAGUGACGAUGUGGAGGUGAUUAAGGAGUGGAACACGAGCUCCCGUGGAGGAAACCCAGAGGGGCGGAAUAGAGCCGAACCUGUAGAAGAAGUUCGUCCCAGCAACUCUGGCCCUGGUAGCCCUUCUCCAGACUGGUACAAGGAGUUUGUGAGCGAAUCGGACGCUGAGAUUCUGGAACACUCUGGAAAGAUCACGCUUUUGUUUGAAAUCCUGCGCAUGGCAGAAGAUGUGGAAGAUAAAGUGUUGGUGUUCAGUCAGUCACUCAUAUCAUUGGACCUCAUUGAGGAUUUCCUGGAGUUAGCAGGCCGUGCCAAAGAGGAGGGAAAACCCUCUCCUUACAAAGGUGAGGGCAAGUGGUUCAGAAACAUCGACUACUACCGUCUGGACGGUUCUACUAACGCCAUGACUAGGAAGAAAUGGGCCGAAGAAUUCAAUGACACCAGCAACGUUCGGGGUCGUCUUUUUCUCAUCUCUACAAGAGCUGGCUCUCUAGGGAUCAACCUAGUGGCAGCAAAUCGGGUCAUUAUCUUUGAUGCCUCAUGGAACCCGUCUUAUGACAUUCAGAGUAUUUUCAGGGUGUACCGUUUCGGCCAACUGAAAACCGUAUACGUCUACAGGUUUUUGGCUCAGGGAACCAUGGAGGACAAGAUUUACGACAGGCAGGUGACCAAACAGUCCCUGUCAUACCGGGUGGUGGACCAGCAACAGAUUGAGCGCCACUUCACUAUGAAUGAACUGACUGAACUCUACACAUUUGAGCCAGACCUGCUGGAUGACCCAUCGGAAAAGAAAAGCAAGAGGUCCACACCCAUGUUACCCAAGGACCCUGUUCUGGCCGAGCUGCUUCAGAACUUUAAAGAUCAGAUUGUAGGUUACCACGAACAUGACUCCCUACUUGAUCACAAAGAGGAAGAGGCUUUGAGUGAGGAGGACCGUAAAGCCGCCUGGGCUGAGUACGAGGCAGAGAAGAAGGGUCUCUCUAUGCGCUUCAACCAGCCGGCAUAUCCUAAUGUAGGCAUCGGAGGAUCAAACUACUUCCCCUUCAAUGUGGCAGCUCUGGCCUCCAUGUCCAACCAGCAGCUGGAGGAGCUGAUCAACCAGGGACGACAGAAGGUGGUGGAAGCCACCAAUGCUCUGAAAGCUUUGCCCCGGGAGCCACUUGAGGACGUCAUUGGCCAGGUGUGGAAGGAGAAUCCCAGUCUGUCAGAGGCCCAGGUGCAGGGCAUGGCUCUGGCCAGACAGGCAGCCAUCGACAUGGAGCUGAAACACAGAGAGGCCGUGUACCGAGACAUUCUCAAUAAGCAACAGACGCUGAUGAUGUACGUGCAAAAGGUGAUCACCAAUCGCAAGGUUCAUGAACAGCAGAUGGCGCUUGCCAGGCAGGGGAUGCUGAUGAACCAGCUGGCCAUUCAGAAUGGCAUGGCCGGGGGAAUGAGUCAGAUGGACCUGCUGGGCCUGUACCAACAGCUGGGUGCCCUCCAGGGUCUGCCAACUCCCCAGAUCGGCAAAAACCCAGGGCCCUCAAAGGGCCUAUAGAUGCCCUUAAAAUGGUGCCCUUUUUUUGGCCAGCUCUUGUGUGGGCUUCCCAAAAAUAACCAGCUCGGGACCCUUUUUGCCUCUUUUGAGCUCUUGUGUAGAAAUCUGGCACAGAUAUCUAGAAGACUUUGGCAGUAUGGUUUGUAAUUCUCUGUAUAUACAGCCUUGGUGUUUAAGUUUUAUUCUUUUUUUUUUUUUUUCCUCUCAAAAUAUUUAAAAUAUUCUCCCAAAAUGCUUUUAAGCAUUGCAUUGUUCUUUUCCCCUUAAAUAAGGGCUGUGCAUUAUUUGAAUUAUUAUUAUUUUUAUUUUUUUUUUUUAUACAGGUCAAGAAAAAAAAAACAAUGAACUUGCAAACUCUGUGGACCAUUUAUGUUGUUCAUUACAUAUGUACUAAGUGAUCUAGAAGAAUUGUAUUAGGUACCGCAUAAUAUCUGUCUACUAGUGGAUGAUCAGUGGUGCUGUGAAAGCCCAGUGCCAGAUACACGCACUGUUUUAAACACCUUUAUCAAAGGAGGAAAAAAAAGAUGCAGUGAUGGCCUUACAUCAACAGUUUGUUAUUUUCAAACACACUGAACAGACUCUUCUUUUCUAUUAUGCUUUUAGGCUUUUACACUCGUCGUUGCUUAAAUUGUAAUGGAAUGCCUGUGGUGUUAAAAUUGCUUGCCAGAUUCCCUGGACUUUUGUAUCUUCUAAUUCCUUGUUGUAAAGUGAUGCCUAGCAUAGUGUUGUACUGUUCAUUUGUUUUGUUCCUCUCGUCUUAGCGGGUUCUUGCCUCUCUGAGAUGACUGGUUGUGCUCAUGUAAUUUAAAGGCAAAUUUGAAUGGUUAGGCUGCAUCUAUCAUACAAUGCUAUCUAACCAUACUAGGCUGGCCCUCAGGCUACCAUACGCUACAUUUAGCACAUUUAAAAAAUGGCAUAGACAUUUCUAAUUGGAUUCUAGUUUGCACAGGGCACAUUUCGGAAACGUAGAUCAACUUUUCAUUUUUCUCACAACAAUUUCAUGUUAGCAAAUAUACCCACUUGUUUUGCCAUUUAUCUGAUCUAUUUACUAGAAUAAGUAUUUAAUAUUACAUUUAAAUAAAGUGACCAAAAGGGUGA